AUGACGUCACCUCUACCUCCAGCAAUGAGUGCUGGGAGAGUAGUUGAUCCUCUAGAUGAUACGAAUGGAUUCAAUUUCCAUGACUUUGACGCCUUGCAAUUAUCUGUUCCUGUGGAGACAACAAAAUAUGAUUUUGUCGAGAAAUUUUUGACUAGAGUCAUGAAUUUGAAAAGACCUAAUGACAUUUUACUGUUUGGCGAAUCAAACCUCAAGCUUUCCAAGAAACGACCCAAGUGUGUGGAGAUUCUACCCCAAGUUGCGGUGCCGCCUGAUUUAUGGCUAGAGCCGCAGAUAGCGAUACAAUACAUAAAGAUUAAAAACGCGGUAUUGAAAGAGGUUAACCAGCACCUACGCCAGUGCCUAGAUGCACUCAGAGAUGGCGAAUCACCACCUUUUGACGAGUCAACCCUAUUAGUCCUUGAAAGUCGUAUCAAGGAGUCCAACUUUUUGGAUUUUGCGAGGUCCGACUCAGAAACGGAAUUUCGCUUCAGCUCUUUGAACGAGGAAGAUGAAGAGGAGAGCCCUUCAACAGAAGAGGAGUCAUUAAUGAUAGAAAAAAAGGCGACUGCUCUUUCCAGAUCGGCCCAUCUCUCGCUCCCGCACAACGUCGGGCUCCUUCUCUCAUAA